AUGAGCAAAGACGACGAAUACGACUACCUCUUCAAAGUUGUCCUUAUCGGAGACUCUGGCGUAGGAAAGUCUAACCUGGUCUCGCGUUUCACAAGGAACGAGUUCAACUUGGAAUCAAAGUCGACCAUCGGUGUCGAGUUCACAACGAGAAGCAUCCAGGUCGAUGCAAAGACGAUCAAGGCACAGAUUUGGGACACCGCUGGACAGGAGCGUUACCGUGCCAUCACUUCUGCUUACUACCGUGGAGCUGUCGGUGCCCUACUGGUCUACGAUAUCGCCAAGCAUGCUACUUAUGAGAACGUUGGCCGCUGGCUCAAGGAGCUCCGCGACCACGCCGAUAACAACAUUGUGAUCAUGCUUGUUGGUAACAAGAGCGAUUUGCGUCACCUUCGUGCUGUCCCCACCGAGGAGGCCAAGCAGUUCGCCGCCGAGAACGGACUCUCCUUCAUCGAGACCUCAGCCUUGGAUUCCAGCAACGUUGAGCUUUCCUUCCAGCGCAUCCUCACAGAAAUCUACCGCAUUGUGUCCAACAAGGCAUUGGAGAGCAAUGGAGACGUCAUUAGACCCACUGGAGGCGAGACCAUCAACGUCAGCCCCAACUCUGGAGAUGCUGCAGCUGCAGGAAAGUGCUGUUAA